AUGGAGGUGAUGGAUCUACAUUCAGCUCUGAACAACAAAGUGAGCAGAAUUUCAGUCAUGGUGAGGCUCGUCCUUGCCCUCCUGCUCCUGUGUGGAUGCCAAAAUAGUCGCUGCCUGUCCUCCACUGAGGCCCAGAAGGAGGCAGCCGCCAACGACAACAGCACCGUUUUCACCAGGAUCCUGGACGGGCUCCUUGACGGUUAUGACAACAGGCUUCGGCCUGGGCUUGGAGAGAAUGUCACAGAGAUCAAGACCAAUAUUUUUGUCACCAGCUUCGGCCCAGUGUCUGACACGGAGAUGGAAUAUACCAUAGACGUCUUCUUCCGUCAGAGCUGGAAGGACGAGCGUCUGUGCUUCAAAGGGCCGAUGGAGAUGCUGCCGUUGAACAACCUGCUGGCCAGCAACAUCUGGACCCCCGACACCUUCUUCCUCAACGGCAAGAAGUCUAUCGCGCAUAACAUGACUACGCCCAACAAGCUGCUGAGGCUCAAGGACGACGGCACUUUGCUUUACACUAUGAGACUGACCAUAUCUGCAGAAUGCCCCAUGCAGCUGGAGGAUUUCCCAAUGGACGCACACGCCUGCCCUCUCAAGUUUGGCAGCUAUGCCUAUCCGGUGUCAGAGGUGGUCUACACUUGGACUCAGGGAGCUGCUAAGUCUGUGGUGGUGGCGGAGGAUGGCUCCAGACUCAACCAGUACCAUCUCAUUGGGCAAACCGCCGGCACAGAGAACAUACACACAAGCAGAGGACAGUACACAGUGAUGAUGGCCCACUUCUACCUGAAGAGGAAGAUUGGAUAUUUUGUCAUCCAGACGUAUAUGCCCUGCUUCAUGACUGUAAUCCUGUCCCAGGUGUCAUUUUGGCUAAACAGAGAAUCGGUUCCUGCGAGGACUGUCUUCGGGGUGACAACUGUGCUGACCAUGACCACCCUCAGCAUCAGCGCCAGGAACUCACUUCCUAAAGUGGCUUAUGCCACGGCCAUGGAUUGGUUCAUCGCCGUCUGCUACGCCUUUGUCUUUUCCGCCCUCAUCGAGUUUGCCACGGUGAACUACUUCACCAAGAGGAGCUGGGCCUGGGACGGCAAGAAGGCUCUGGAGGCACAGCACCCUAAGAAGCGAGACCCCAUGGUGCUGUCCAAAAAGCCCAACAACGUUUGCUCGGCGGGCGUCAACUACACCCCCAACCUCACCAAGGACGUGUCCAUCUCCACCAUCUCCAACACGACGUCGGUGCAGCUCCGGGGCUCUGAGACCAAGUUGGUGGACCCCAAGAAGACCUACAACAGCGUCAGCAAGAUCGACAAGAUGUCGCGGAUAGUGUUUCCCGUCCUGUUUGGAACCUUCAACCUCGUCUACUGGGCCACGUACCUGAACAGAGAACCGGUGGUGAAAGGAGUGGUCACCUCAACGUAA